GCAAUUAAUUAUUCCCGCAGCAAUUUGUCCCGCACAGAGGUAGGAACAAGUCAACCGCCGCGUGCCGCCGCCGCCCCCUCACCGACACCGAGAUGGCGUCUUCCGCCACGCCGCCGGCCGCCAGGUCAGGGAGUGCAGGAGAAUCUGCUUGGUUCAUUGCCACUUACGCCACCAACCAUAUGACAGGCGACAAGAGUCUCAUCUCCAACCUGGAACCUGUAAGCAACCAAGUUAUCAAAGCAGGUGUGGGCGAGGGGAUGCAGGUGUGUGGCAGAGGGUAUGUGAACACAGAGACAGUGGUCCUCCCUGACGUGUGGUACGUCCCAGGGCUCACAAUGAACCAGGUAUCCGUGGGGCAGCUAACCCAUGAUCCCGAUCUAAUUGUUGAGAUUGGUGGUGGUGCGUGUCGCAUCAGCAAGAAGAGUGAUGGGUCUGUUCUCGGUAAGGCACGUUUGAGGUCUGAUCAUAAGUAUGCGGUAGAUUUCCUGAAGAUUAAGCUGAAUUAGUUGUGGAGCUUGGCGGGUGUCUUCAGAUGCAUAGAGGAGUGAUAGUGAUGUUGGGUACUGCUUUCCUUUAUAUGGUAGCGCUGGAUUGAAAAUGGCUAAGGUCUAGAGUUUAUAUGGUACUUGCAAUUUUUAUGGUUAGGAUAUUGUGUGCACCGUAUCUGUGCAUAUGUUAUGUCACAUGUUGACUAUAUAAAAAGUACUGAAUUGAGUCUAUGACCUCUUGGGCAUUUAAUUAUGCAACUUGGGAAGUCCUUGUCGGCAGUGAUAAUAUAAUCCAGUGAAAUCUGGUUUCAGCUGUAUGCUCUGCUACUGAAUUUGUGCCUGAUGUGUGACCAUCUGUUUGUGCCUGAUGUGUGACCAUCUGUUUGGAAUCUGUUGGUGCCACAGUUUUGAACCUGUGCUAUAUGGUUUUGAUGCACUCGGUAAACAAUGUUUGUUUGAUGAAUUUGAUUCUUGGCA